AUGACUUAUGGGUUUGAGCCAGUUUAUGAGCGUUUCAGAAAGCAAGCCCCACCUACCUUUGAAGGGAAAACUGAUCCCAUGGUGGAAGAGGAUUGGUUGAGAUUAGUUGAGGCCAUAUUUGAUCAUAUGGAGUUGAAUGAUCGUCAGAGAAUUUCAUGUGCAGCCCACUUACUCAAGUUGGAGGCACGAAUAUGGUGGGAUGUGGUUAAACAGACUCGUGGCCUGAAUACCAUGACUUGGGCAGACUUCAUUCAGGCAUUUAGCAAGAAGUAUUACAGUGCGGCCGUGUUAGCAACCAAAGUAGAUGAGUUCGUGACUUUGGUUCAGGGAAAUCUAUCUGUCACUAACUAUGCACAGAAGUUCGAUAAGUUGGCUAAAUUUUCUCCUGAAGUUGUACCAACUGAAGCUCUGCAAGUCCAAAGGUUCAUGAGAGGACUCAAGCCAAUGAAUUCUAGGGACGUUAAGAUGACCAGUGCUGAGGUGGUCAGUUAUGCUGAAGUACUAGAUAAGGCACUCGAAGCAGAAUACUUGGAGGAUCGGAUACGGAAGGACAAUGCUGCCAGAAGGGAGGCCCACUGA